AAAAAAUUUAAUCCAAUCCAAAUGCUAUUGACCUAGGGUUGUUUGCCACUUUGCCUCCCAAAUUACUGGCUACUCGGGUCUUAUGGGCAUCAUCAGUAAAAUAAAAAACACGAUUUAACAAUUAACAUCACUCUAGCGGAGCCGCGGCGGUUGCUUUGAUCGGAAACCACCACCAUGCGGAGUGUUUGGAGCAGAGCCGUCAAAGCUCUCCGUCACAGCAAACGGAACCCACUCCCUCUCCGCCGCACCUUCUCUUCCUCUUCUUCCUCACCCACCGGUCUCUAUGGCUUCUCCCAUUUGAAGGCUCCCAAAGGCUUCCACUCAUUCGUCGAUGAAGCCAUUCAAAGGUCUGCAGAACUCGUCAGCUACAUUUCUUCCAAGCCGCCAGCUUCGGAGAUAAUGCGAGCCAUGGACGAGAUUUCCAACACUGUGUGUUGUGUUGUUGACUCUGCUGAAUUAUGUAGGCUAACACAUCCAAACAGGGAAUUUGUUGAGGAGGCUAGCAAGGCAUCAAUGAAAAUUAAUGAGUAUUUACAUUAUCUGAACACAAAUCAUGAUCUCUAUGAUGCGGUGAAGAAAGCUGAGCAAGAAUGCCAUAUGCUUUCUGAGGAAGCUAAAAGAGGAGUUAGAAACUUACGUAUUGACUUUGAAAGGGCUGGAAUUCAUCUUUGCCCUGAGAAAUUAGAUCGAGUAAACAUGCUAAAUAUUGAAAUUUCUCAGAUAUGCAGAGAGUACAAUGAAAAUAUUGUCAUGGACCCAGGAACUAUAGAUAUAUAUCCUUCAUCUCGCAUCCCCAAUAAUUUACGUUAUCUUGUUAAGCCUAUCUAUCGGUCAAAAUCUUCAACAGCUAAGGAUUUAUCAGGGUCCAAGGACACCUUUAACGAGAAAGGAUUUCGAAUUACAACAGACCCACGAACUCUUGAUUCUAUGCUACAAUUGUCACAGGAUGAUGAGAUUAGGAAAAUGGUAUACAUACAAGGAAGUUCUGUUCCACGUGCAAAUGUUGAUGUCUUGGAUAAGCUUAUUUCUUCGCGACAUGAGCUAGCUCAGAUAUUGGGAUGCAAAUCUUAUGCUGAAUUUGCUGUUAAACCUAACAUGGCUUCAUCACCAAAAGUUGUGAUGUCUUUUUUAGAAGAGAUGAGCAAGAUUGUCCGGGCUAAGUCUAAAGAGGAGCUGAAAUUACUUACAAAAUUCAAGAGAGAGAAAUACGGUCAAAGUGAUGAAGAUAUAAGGCCAUGGAAUGAAGCCUAUUACACGACAAUGUUGAAGUCCUCUGUAUAUAAAUUGGAUUCUUCGGUUGUAGCGUCAUAUUUUUCUUUGUCAAAUUGUAUUGAGGGGUUGAAGGUGUUGGUGCAAUCAUUGUUUGGUGCAACCUUUCAUAGCAUCCCUCUGGCACCUGGUGAAUCAUGGGAUCCUCAAGUGCUUAAACUGUGUCUUCAUCAUCCUGAAGAGGGUGAUUUAGGAUAUCUCUACCUCGAUUUGUACUCAAGAAAGGGAAAGUAUCCUGGCUGUGCUCAUUUUGCAAUUAAAGGUGGUCGCAGGAUUUCUCAAACAGAAUACCAACUUCCAAUUGUAGCUCUUGUUUGUAAUUUUUCGGGUUCACGGAAUCCAUCAGCUGUAAGGCUUAAUUUCGGGGAAGUGGAAACUCUAUUUCAUGAGUUUGGGCAUGCUCUUCAUUCACUGCUUUCAAGAACGGACUACCAACAUUUUUCAGGCACCAGAGUGGUUCUUGAUUUUGCAGAAAUACCAUCCAACCUCUUUGAAUACUAUGCAUGGGAUUAUCGAGUUUUGAAAACAUUUGCUAGACACUAUUCAACAGGUGAAGAAAUCCCUCAGAAGUUGGUUGAGUCGAUGCAGGGUGCUAGAGAUAUGUUUUCUGCAACUAGUCUGCAACGUCAGAUCUUCUAUUCUCUAGUUGAUCAGACACUAUUUGGAGAGCAACCAUUCCCUCAUGGUGAUAUUAGUUCUGUUGUUAGAGAACUGAAAAGAGAACAUACCGAUUGGGAACAUGUGGAAGGCACACACUGGGAGACUCGAUUUAGUCAUCUCCUUAAUUAUGGUGCAGGGUAUUAUAGCUAUUUGUAUGCAAAAUGUUUUGCUGCAACCAUAUGGAAGAAGUUAUGUCAAGAGGACCCGUUGUCACCAUCUGCAGGAUUCGCUUUAAGAUCAAAUUUCUUACAACAUGGAGGAGCCAAAGAACCAACGGUUUUGUUAUAUGAUCUAGUAGGAGAUGGGAUAUAUAGGCAUUAUGAUGGAGGGAUAAUCCCUGAUAUAUCGAGUCUUUGUGAUGAAAUGAAACUGUGAUGAAUAUCUGCAGCAGGUCCAUUUGUGAAACUGUUGCAUAUGAAACAAUUUUUUGCAUAAAUAUAGCUCAAUAACAUUUUAAAAGAA